ACGCCUUUUCCUGCCCGCUGCGCUGCUUCCGCGUGGGACCAACGCGCAGGUGGCUGAGACUGUGUUAACUCGUGGGCUUGGCCGGAGAAGCGAGAUGGCGGAGGAGGUGUUGCCGAGUGCGAAGUGGCUGUACUGUGGAGAACCGGACGAGAGCCAGAGAGCUGUACUGGUCCAGUUCUCCAAUGGGAAACUGCAGAAUCCAGGCAACAUUCGCUUUACCUUGUACAAGAGCAACGACUCGACAAACCCCAGGAAGAGGAGUCAGCGGAUCCUGAUUGUCACUGGUAUUAUUCCUUCUUUGUUCAGGCACUUUGUGGGAAUUUUGAACAAGACCUCUGGCCAAAUGGAAGUAUAUGAUGCUGAAUUGUUUAACAUGCAGCCACUGUUUUCAGAUGAUUCAGUUGAGAGUGAAUCAUCAUUAGAGAGUCAAGUCAAAACUUUUAGAGAGAAGAUGGAUUCUUGCAUUGAAGCCUUUGGUACCACCAAACAGAAGCGGGCUCUGAACUCCAGGAGAAUGAACAAAGUUGGCAGUGAAUCUUUGAAUCAUGCAGUAGCUAAAGCUGCAGAGAAUAUUAUUGAUACAAAGGGUGUGACUGCUCUGGUCAGUGAUGCCAUCCAUGAUGACUUGCAAGAUGACUCCCUCUUCCUUCCUCCCUGCCAUGCUGAUGCAGCCAAGCCCGAAGAUGUGUAUGAAUUUGAAGACCUUCUUUCUUCUGCGGAGUAUGAAGCUCUUCAGAGUCCUUCUGAAGCUUUCAGGAAUGUCACAUCAGAAGAAAUACUGAAGAUGAUUGAAGAGAACAGCCACUGCUCCUUUGUCAUAGAAGCGUUGAAGUCUUUGCCAUCAAACGAGGAGAGCCGAGACCACCAGGCCCGAUGUAUAUGGUUUCUGGACACACUCAUCAGAUUUCGAGCACAGAAAGUGAUUAAGCGGAAAAGUGCUCUGGGACCUGGAGUUCCACACAUCAUCAACACCAAACUGCUGAAGCACUUUACCUGUUUGACCUACAACAAUGGCAGUUUACGGAACAUAAUUUCCAAUUCUAUGAAGGCGAAGAUCACCGCAUAUGUGAUCAUACUCGCCUUGCACAUAAACGACUUCCAGAUUGACCUGACGGUGUUACAGAGGGACUUGAAGCUCAGUGAGAAAAGGAUGAUUGAGAUAGCGAAGGCCAUGAGACUGAAGAUCUCUAAAAGAAGUGUGUCUCUGGCAGCCGGCACGGAGGAGGAGCACAAACUGGGCACUCUGUGCAUCCCGCUGCCUCCAGCCCAGACCUUGGACCGCCAGUCAAAGCGGAGGAGAAUCACCUAGAGGUGUGCUUUCCAGACAGCAUUUUGGCUGUGCGAUAGCCACUACUAUUCAUUUCCGUUUUUAUUUUUAAAAGGAGAGGAAAAGAGGGCUUGCUUUGGCAUGGAUAUGAAGCCAGAAGCGGGCAUUCAGUCGUGCUUGUCUUAAGCAGAAACAUAAAGUGACCACCGUAUUGGACUUCACCUCCCUCCUUCGGCGUUGCUGUGAUUAUAAAUGGCAGAUGGUUCUCAUGUCGGUUCACGUGUGGUGAUGUGGAAGGUGGGGCCUGAGAAGUCAGAGUCAAAAGAUCUUACAGACUGAACCCUGGGCCAGAUCUAAUGGAUGAAGGUUAAUAAAGAGAAAUGUGAAGUGCCA